AGAGUUUGCGCUGUCGUGAGCGUGUUAGUUCCAUCAUCCGUGUUGCAUGUAGUACCCUGCCUACCUGCUGAUCCCUUGAUGACCUCUAUUGUGCGUCCCGUAACUCGAAUUAACAGACUCGUGACGCUCUGUGGUAAUCGGUGUGUUGUGUAAAGCUGCGCCCUGCCAGCACCAACACACGUAUCAACAGAAAGGAAGGAAUUGUGAGAGGCAGGUGGAGGUGAGAGAGCAGCCAGGGAGUGGGAGGUGAUCACAGCUGCCCAACACUACACGUGUUCCUCUCUGUCUUGGGGGGAAAGUAGUGAACCCAAAAUAGAUUUAGAUUCGCUGUUGCGUCAGAGUUUAAGCAACACAGUCUAAACACACUCGCACACACACUUCUCUUUCUUGGAAAAUCACCAAAGCGACAACAGAAAACGGUUAUUAGAUAAAAAUAGUAACGAAUGUUCAUUGAAUUUUACGUAACAAGAGCUUUAACAUUUUCAAGAGCAACCCAGUUCUUUUCCAGUUGUAAAGAUUAAGCAGAUUAUAACUGUGUUUACCGGAGAUGCUCUUGAGUGUUACAUAAACCUUUAUUUACAGUGGUAAUCAUCCGUUCUGGGAAGACAAGAAAAUAUACGCCAAGAAAUAAAGUGAUGCGAGUACAAACAACUUGGUAUUAGUGUGUCAGAACUAUUAUUUACACCAGCGCAAGUAUCGCCAUAUCAGUCACCAUGCCUGGGCCCAUAUGUAAGCCCUCCAGCCCCUCAGACAACACAUCUUGCGACCUCUCGGUGUUUGAGUCAUGUGAGGAUAUGCCACAGGGUUGGGAAGGACUCAACGGCAACCUGUCCAACGAGAGCAUCUAUCACGACUGUGACAAACACUAUCAGAAUGAUUAUCACAAGAAAUAUGUGAACGGAAGCGAGUUGGAAUAUUCCGAAAUUUACCGAACAAUGUCGACCACAGAAAUCAUUAAAACAGAGGCAGCCUCAUCAGAGUAUGAUGAUAUGGACAGUGAGUUAGAGGGGCAGGAUAAAGAGAAGGGUUUAUCGAGCGUGAAGGAAUGUUCUGAAGAUAUGGAGGUGGAGGAUGAGGAGUCGGAGGAGGCUGUCGAAACCAUCAACGUGCCGGUCGUGGAGGCAUGUCUUAGUGUGGACAUCAGCACCUCCCUCACUAGGCAGAAGAUAGCCUCCGUGCAGAGAGGUCGCACGUUGUCGUAUGCCGAUAAAGAUGAUGCCGAAGAAUCGCCCACGCGACGGACUCGAGCACUAGCGUACGCCAAUGAAAGCAUAGAUAGGGGAAUGCCUCUUCACCACCGCCCCUCUGUUCAAAAUGAAGGUCGUGAGAACCACAAGUUGACUCCCAGCACCUCUCGUUCUAAUCGUGUGUCCCGUAAUCCAUCCUACCAGCUCGCCGUAAGGGAUGCAACUGCCCUAUCCCCAAAACGUGUUAAUAAGCCCGAGAAAUUAGAUAAAGACUGUAGCAGUGCUGAAGAAAACACGACUAGCGACAAAAAUUCUGUUGAAAAUACCACAAAAGAUAAAAAGGGAACGGAAUACAACAAACGGCAUUUAUCAGCUGGGGACGAGAUUACCAUGCCCCUGGCAGCCAACAUGCCCCGUAGCGUCUCUUUCAGUGGGCCAGAAAAGGUGUCCCCGUCUCUGCCUGCCAGCGGCAGUCUCUCAGAAGGCAACAGCCGAAGCGGCAGUGUGUCGCAGCUGUCAGCUCUAACAUCCAAGCGUUCCUCGCCUCUCUCGCCUGAAAAAGCGUCACCAACAAUUGUCCGAGGCUCCGCCAUCACCCGCAGCUUCCGUCGAUUGUUCAGUACACCGGCUCGCACUAUUCCUACCAGUCCACCUGAGGAGUUUUGGCCAGACGUACCUGACGUACAGGGUUCUUCUACUUCAGAACCAAGAACACCUUCGCGCCUUCGCAAGCUCAGUAGUUCACUUUCCCGGCGGCUGUCCACCCGCUCUAAGAUGAGCGAUAAAAGCAACUCCCCGGGCACUAACGGCCACCAGCUGUUGACUCUGAACGGUACAGCCGUGUUCGAGGACUCAGAUAACUUGGUGGAGUACGAGGACCUCCUGAAACUGUUCUGCUGCUCGGGCUGCCAGGAAUUCAUGGCCCCACCCCUACACCAGUGCAGGAAGGGGCACCUCGUGUGUGGUUCCUGCCGUUUCUCCCUCAAGCAGGUGUGCCCUGUAUGUAAACAACGCUUCGCCGAUAACACCAACCAGAUGAUGGAACAGGUGUGUCAGCUGGUGAAGUUCCCGUGCAGGUGGGCAAAUCAGGGGUGCCCGGAGUACCACCGGCCCAGGGCCAAGCUGGACCACGAACACUUCUGUGUGUACCGUCCCGUCCACUGCCACCACGGGCCUAAGGGCUGCCCCAAGGUCCUUAUCCUUCGCGACAUGUCCCAACAUCUCAACCAAUGCGACUUUAAGGACAAGUGAUCGCCGUGGCUGUGGUCAUUCCUUGUCGUCGUUGUGUCUAGGUGUUUAAGGUUGUAUAUCGUCAUCGCCUGUAGCUGAUAAUGUUGUGGCCACUUCACAGUACUGUACUCUAGUGUUACCACGCCAUACUCGGUUUCAUUUCAUCUCGUUGUAAAUUCGAUAUUCAUUUUUUUUCAGUUUUUAAAAAAUGUUUUCUGAUAGUUUGUAUGAGUUUUAUUUACCCCCUCUAAUACAACAACAAUCACCCCCUUACGCACAUAAUUAAUUCGGUGGGGUUAGAGUUUUAAUGUUAGUUAUUUAUUUUGUCAUUUCAUUAAUCAAGUUUGAGUUGAAUAGCUCUAGUCAUUGGGCGAUUCCCUCCUCCCUCCACCACUUACCUUGACUGCUGAGACAAGGUCCACCUUGUGGGAGUACCACUCAGGUACACGCCGGGUGGAUGAUGUGGGUGGGAUGGCCGCACCUAGCGGACUCUGCGUGGGGGUUGGCACUUGUAGUGGCACCCGGCCAGGGCACCUCAUUGGGAGCUGGCCCCCGAGGUUAACAAGAUAUUUUGGAAUCCAGUUUUUGUACAUUAAUCCAUGACCCACUUGAGAGGUCAUGACUCAGGCAACGACCUGCUGGUUACUUGUUGUUGUUGGUAGGACACGACGGCUCAGCCCUCGGCUCUGCCAUCCUGGUGUCACCUUUUGUCUAGCACUAAGUCUUCAUCAAAUUGUUAUUAAUUAUAAGAAAUUUUGGUGGUUAUAUAUAUAUAUAUAUAUAUAUAUAUAUAUAUAUAUAUAUAUAUAUAUAUAUAUAUAUAUAUAUAUAUAUAUAUAUAUAUAUAUAUAUAUAUAUAUAUAUAUAUAUAUAUAUAUAUAUAAUUGUAGAGCAUUAAAUAGGUUAUUAUAUUUAUAAGUUAUAUUUGGUAAAAUGGAAAAAUAAUGGAGGCAGGCCAGGAUAAACUGCCAGUGGCGCCAUGUACCUGUACAAGACGUCAUGACUCAAAAGCCAAUGCUGUUGGAGAUGACUUAUCAUACUGUCAUAUUUUUGGAGGUUGACAGUCAUCAUCAUAUGGUUUGUCACGAGCAUGACACCAUUCAGUAGACUGUCUUCCUGAAACAACGGCCCACGGCGGUGAGGGGCUGUCCUACACGCCAAGCGCUCGCCGUCAUGUCCUUCAAAUUUGUAAAUCCCUUCAUAUAAAUUCCCAGUACCACAAGAGUGGACGGUGUUUAGUGAAGAUUAAUAAAGCGAUUCUAAUGUCAGUUUUGGUAGAAUAAGCGAUCAGUAGGUGUAAACUUACCUAGUCAGUCAAAAGACGAGUGUGUGGUUAAUGGGUGUGUGUACCUUGUUACUCUUAUGUACUGUACUGUACACCAGGAAGGCGAUGAAAACAACUGUUGGUUCCUUACGAUGAUUUCAUCUUUACCAGUAUUAUAGUUUUAUUGAUUUUGGUCUUCGCUGGAGGACUAAGAAAGAGGUAUAAGGCACUAUUUGAUAAACCAAACACAACAGAGAAAACUGAUGAUGGCCGGAGUUGUGUUUUUUAUUUUUCUCUUAUGUAUGUAAACAUUUGAAAUCCUGUGACACUCUGACGAAUGUUUAUUUAUUGUUGUGAUUCAAUAAACAAAAUAAAAACAAAUUAUAUCAUACGUUGAACCGACCAAUGUUUACGUCGCUUUAGCAUCGGUUAAGUUUGUUUCAGAUAAACAUACUACUCAUGUAUUUACAAACCUGUGACACCAUUUUUAAAUAUUUCACCUGUAAAAAAAAGUAAUAUUAGUCUUGAAUUCUACUUUAACCUAAAAUAAAGCAGAUAAGACAGAAAUAUUAUCCGACAGUUAUGCGAAGAAAAACAAAAGAAGCGCGCUCCUCUUUACCAGUGUGUAUAUGCAAAGUCCUCGAAAAAAAAUGCCCAAUUUUUAAAGGAUUAUAUAUUAAAAUCUGGGUAUUGUUUUUUGGUGACCCUGUAUAUUUAUAUUCCAUAUCAGGAUUAAGGAACAAGUGACCAUAAUGGAUUAAUCUGGAUAUCGUUCCUUUGUUCUGUCUUUUAUUAUGAAUCAAGACAAUGGUAUAUGGUUCUUGUCAUACCUGUAUAUGUAAUGUUUUAUUUUUUAUUUCUCGCUUGUUUUUCCUCUUCUCUUUCUCUUAUCUGUUGCUCGAUUUUUCUUUCUCUUUCAGGGUCUCUCUCUCUCUCUCUCUCCUUCCUUCCUUCCUUCCUUCCUUCCUUGACGAUGGUCCAGAGUGAUAAUUUAUCUGUAUAACAAUUCAGAAAGCAUCAAUACUCUAUGUUAACUCCCUUUUAUUAACUCCCAAUAUAGUGAGACUUGCCAUAGAGGUGUUGGCAAGCCUAUCAGUACAUUGUGUUAAUAUGCCUGUUUAUUUCUAAGUUAUCUUCAAGGUGGAAGAAUGAGGAAAUAUUACAGAAAGAACACUCACUAAAUGCUUCUUAACUUGUUAAAAGUUUUUGAAUUUUAAUGUAGAGGUUCUUAAUUUGAUUGGACAAAUUCUGAAAUUAAAAGAUUCUUAAUUUAUAUGUCAACUUCCUAAAUAUAAAUCAAAAGUUUCGGAAUUUGGAUAAAAAGUCUUGGAAUUUAAGGCUGGUUUAUUAAGAGUUGUUUGGUCUGAACAAAAUUAGAUUCUCAAGGGUUCUCGCGAUAAUUUUUUUUCCCAUUCCCAUUAAGUAAGAUCUGAAGAUCGCAUCUAACUUAAGACAGAUUCACGGAUCUACCUACCAUCUUUAUAGCUGAUAUGGGCCAAUCAGGGGACGUUGUCUCAUCCUUAAUUACCCAAUCAGAAAGGGGAGAAUAACAUCGCACAUACCUUUGAGAAUCUUACUUUGAGGACGACAGUGAUGGCGAGGGUUGGUUGUUGUGGAGCUCCUACAAUUAUGACUUAUAUAUCGUACAAUGUUAAGCAUAUAAUCAUCUGUAUAUAAACAUAUAUGUAUAUAUAAAUUGACACUUGCAGACACUUACAUGUACAGCUGAUGUUUAUAAGUGUGUGUGUGGUGUGUGUGUGUGUGUGUGUGUGUGUGUGUGUGUGUGUGUCUGUGUGCGCGUGCGUGGGUACGUGCGUUUGGCCUGUGUGGUUGUGUAUAAUCGUACAUGCAUAAAAAACAUACACAUCAUAAAAUAAUACCUAUACACAUAUACCUUACAGUGUGUCCGUAAUACAGAUACAGCUUCAUGUAUUGGUCCUUGCAGAAUGUAUAGGUAUACUUAUGUAUACUUGGAGAUGUACUGUAUAUGUUGUCUUCGAUAUAAUGAAGUUUACUGCUAAAUCUGUAAAUAUCAUGAUAAAUAUGUUUACUGCGAGAAGUAUAUCUACACUACUACCAAUAUACAUAAAGCGUAUAUUUCCAAGUAUAUAUACAGUAUAUAUAAAUGUGUAUACCUAAAUAUGUUUAAGUAUACUCACAAGAUAUUUCUUCUGUCAAAAUCUUCCUCGUGAUGUAUAUAGCUGGCAUAUAUACUCCUUCAACAUUUUCUUAGUGUAUAUACAAAUCCAUAAUACGGUUUAUUACGUUAGAGAUUGACUAUAUAGGAAUGCUAGGCCCUAUACCUCAUUAUGCAUAAAACUCCGAGAAGUAGCCAGUGUCAAAGGUUCGAGUUUAUGUUAUUUUUGUAGAAAUAAAACAUUUUUCCCCAGUA